CACAAUGACUGGAAGUAAAUGAUAAGAAAAAAACGUGUUAUUACAUUAUCUGCGUGUGUUUGUGUCUUAAUCUCUUCUGUUCGAAAACGGAUCUUCGUUUUCAUCAGAUCAUCCUUCUUUCUCCCUUCUCCACCAUUCUUACGUUGCUCUCAGAGAUUUCGGAUCGUAUUCAUGGACGGCGAAGAUUUUGCCAGAAAGGCGGCUGCAGAAGCCAGAGGAUUGAACCCGGGACUAAUCGUUCUGCUUGUUAUUGGAGGUCCGCUUGUUUUGUUCCUUGUUGCCAACAUCGUGCUCUACGUGCAUGCACAGAAGAACCUACCUCCAAAGAAGAAGAAGCCAAUUUCUAAAAAGAAGCUCAAGCGGGAGAAGCUGAAGCAAGGAGUCUCGGUGCCUGGAGAAUAAAGCCCACCUUAGCUUCACUUAUGCCUUGUCUAAAGCUGGAUAAAAGGUUUAUAAUCGCUCAUCAAAUUUUACCCUUUGUGGGUUUUCUUUUUCUUUUACUUCUUGUUAUGAGGAUUUGUCUUGAGUUCUGUAUGAUUUCACUUGGAGGCUAAGUAGAGUUUUUCCUGCACAUACGCCUGAUUGCAGCUAUAGUGGCUCUCUCAUCCUCGUUGCAACAGUUUCUCAGCUUCAAUCUUAUACUAUUUGAUGUUUGGUUUCCUUGUUGGUCGUCAUUAACCUUGCUGUGUAAACUAAUUCAGUCUUUGCCAAACUGAAUAGCAUAUGAGAAAAAUAUUUUUGAUGUUUGCGUAUGCUACAAUAAUAAAUAGAUCAAUCAGUAACAUUCUCACUAAAAGUAUGAUGUUAUGAAUUUGUAUAUUCAGAGAAUCAAGACGCCAGGAGAGUCGACCUUUGUUUAUUACUCCUUAAAAUAUAUCAAUUCAUCACACCAUCAUGCUCACGAUAUUCCAAUCAUUUACUAUCAAUUAUCUAUGAGACUUUCAUUCCCAUAUUUUUCAUGUAAUAAGCCUAGAGCCUCUCCCAGUUUUGUUGUAGAAGUAUGAACAAAGAGUUGUGACAUUUUAAGAGUCUAGGUCAACAGAGCGUUCUCGAAAACGUAAGAGUCAAGGCUGUCGCAUUCCUCGUGGUAAAUGUCACUAUUUCGCAUUUAUUACAUAAGAGUUCCAUUGGAACUUGUAAAACUGCUUCAACUCCACACUGGAAAGUGGAAACCUUAAAAUUCACUUGUGCGGUGUGCCUAUAGAAAGUAUGUCACUUUGUCCCUUAAUAAAUCGGAGUUUGGUAUGACCUUGUUAGUAACAUUUAUUCUCAUUUUGACUUGAACAGGUUAACGUCUGAAACGGAGAUUGAGCAAUUUAUUCAUUUUGAUAUGGUGAGUACAAGAUACCUAAUCCUGUGCAUAGCUCUAUUUCUCUUUGCUUAGGAUAGAGGACAAGGAAUAUUGACCCAUUAUUGUUGCUAUGGUGCUUAUCAGGGUAAUGAAAUUGAUCUGAGUUCCCUACAUAAAAUGUCUAUGAAAUAUGCAGAAGCCAAGAAGCGUGCAGUGAAAGGUAUGUUACUUCAUAUGAACUGUUUUAUGAGCAGCUUUAUGGUAUCUCCUUAUUUGAAGCAUGUGUGAAAUGUGUAGUACUACCAUAUCAUGAUUCCUUAUGUUUAUAUCUCUUAUUUUUUUGUGUAAUUUUAAGGUGCAGGAGAAGUAGUGGAGACUGAGGACAUAAAUCACAUAGCUGAAGAGAAAGAGCUGAUGUCAGAUAGAGUGGAGAAACUGAAAGAGGAAUGCGAUUUGCAAAAACUUUCAUUUUAUG